AUGCCCGCCUCCGUCACUGUUCUCUACCCCAACGAGGCUGAUGCCAAGUACGACUUCGAUUACUACGUCAACAGCCACAUGCCUAUGGCUGCCGCGCAGUGGAAGUCGUCCGGCUGCACGGGCUGGUCCGCAACCAAAUACCAGCCCACCCCCGAUGGAAAGCAGCCCAAAUACUCCUUCGCUGGUAUCCUCGUCUUCGAGAGCAUUGAUGCUGUUCACAAGGCGCUCGCUUCUGCCGAGACCGCCGCUGUCAUGCAGGAUGUACCCAACUACAGCAACAAGCAGCCUGAGAUAAUGAUCGGAGAGGACGCCAAAACGGUUGCUGCUUAG